CACGGUGUGACCAAGUACAAGGUGUGACUAAGUGGAAUGCUAGUCGUUAAGUCGAAUGAAAUCACAAAUAUUUAGGAUCGAGAUCCAUCUUAAGUCGAAUGAAUACCGCCCGAUCUGUCAUGCGUUCCUCUGCAGCGCAUAAAGCGGCUCUGCGGUCUCGUAGGAGGGGCUCUGCGGUUUAUCUCCUUAUGCAUUUUGAUUGGCGACUUCUCCGUAUCAUUCACGAAGAGAAGCUCCCCAACAAAUGUACUACAUCCGCGCAGGUAACGUACGAUGAGACAUUCGACGAAGCAAAGCAGAAAUCUAAAGCCAUGAACGUGACUGGAGGCACUGGAGUAGAUAGGGGCCCGAUGGGGGGCAAGAAGGGAUUUGGAGGCGGUUUUAAGGGAAAGGACGGUGGAUUUAAAGGUAGAAUAACUAGGUAUAGUCAAGCAGCUCAGGGUGUUCCUUCGACUUUACUUGUAUACCAAUGCCUUGAGAGCGGGUGCUAGGACGAACAGCAUCAUUUUCAUUAGGGAUAAGUACACAUGUUGACAUGUGUGCUUUUUCCUGUAAAUCAAUCAAUCAAUCAAUCAAUGUAGUAUGUUCAUCCAAGUGACUUCACCAACUUUCAGGUGGAAAGAAAGGCGGCUUCGGCAAGGGCUUUGGUAAGGGUUUCAAGGAUGGCGGCAAAGGCGGAUCAUUUGACAAGGGAUUUCACGACAAAGGCGGCCACUUCUACGACAAGGGCGGCUUCGAUAAGGGUUUCAACGAUAGAGGAUUCGAUAAGGGCGGCUUCCAUGAUAAAGGCGGCUUCGAUAAGGGUUUCAACGACCGAGGCGGCUUCCACGACAAGGGCGGAUUCAAUUAAGACUUGGAAGUUCUUGUAUCAAAAAUAUUUGUGAUUUUUACAGUCUUGUCUUAUCAAGUAUUUUUUUCCAAGCAGCUUACUCAGCUUAGCUGUGUACAGUUAUUAUUUUUUUCCAAGCAGCUUACUCAGGUUAGCUGUGUACAGGCAACAAAUCUGCAUCUAAACCAAUCAGUCAGUCAAGAAGGAAAAAAGGGAGAGAAGAAGAAAGAGGACUAGCACCAUAACAAUUAGCAAUACCUCUUGUCAGGCACAUCAAUCAAUCAGUCAGUCAAGAAUGGGCACCAUCAGUUUCCUGUCAAUGACUACGUUUACUAGUCAAGAAUGGGCAUCAUCAGUUUCCUGUCAAUGACUACGUUUACUGAGAAGAUUCCAACUACAAGGACUACUCGCACCAUGACCCUCGCACUAUAUCGACUUGCUCUAAUUUGCUGACAUGAAAGCAGGUGGUUUCCGAGAGCAGAACGGCGGUGGCUACAUGAACAAGGGAUGUGGCAUGGACAUGGGAUAUGGCAAGGGAUUCGAUAUGGGAGGAGGCUUUGGACCACAGUUCUAAGUGUUAUAAGUUCGUAGUGCUAACACUAUAAAUACCAAUAUGAAAAUGAACGAAGAACUACGUGCACGUCGUAGUUCGAGAAAAGGUUGAAGGAUAGAAAACUACACACGGAGGAAGAAGGAGCUAUAUGUAAAGUCUUCAACAAAAAGGGGGCGCUUUAUUACUACAGGCGCUUUGAUUAUUUUACGACGUUAAUCAUGUAAAAAAGGAUGAUUCCUGUACGCUUUGAUUUUACCUUUGCAUCAAGACUGAUUGUGAUUCGAUUUUUUAUGGCUUUUAAGCACUCACGCUGAUGACCUAACACUAGGGCCGCGAAUGUGUAGGACCAAUGAUUACUUUGUUUACUCGCAAUGAUCACUUUCUGAUCACUCUAGACCUCAAUUUCUAUGCUGGACACAACUAUGGCAGGCUGUUGUAAGGACCAUCACUUGUUGCAAGGACUACCACCAUUGCGCUUCCAUUCGCCUACGAGGAGCUGCAAGUAGGGUGGCUUGCAUCUACAUGUAUUUAAGGACUGGCAUUUGACACGGACGAUUCGUCAUCAUCUACAUGUGCGAGGACUGUCAUGUACCUUGCAGGACAAACACCUAUACAGCUUUUCCAAUGUGUCUCCACUCUUAGAAGAUAUUAGCCUUGCUCCUCUUGCCACUUUUAAGAUAUUAGCCCUGUGUGUAGAUGAUGGUGCACUGUACUAAGCACUGUACCAAAUAUAUCAAGUCUACUUAAAAAUUGUGGUGCUCCACUUCAAAUAGAGAGUGCUUGCAUAAUUCAAAGAGAACGACGCUGUUCGUUACUAUUUUGUCUUGCCAGUGGUAGAGAACGACCACCAAAGACGUAUGGACGAUGAAGAACGAGACUACUGGCGGCAGUUGACGUUGAGUCGAUUUCUAGAGUCACUUUAUGAAGGCUACUAGUUAUAGUACUAGGGUUCGGACGACAAGUGACUAAGCGCGGUGAGUGUCAUUCGCAAAAGUACGAAGCUCCAAAAAACUCUACAUAGAGCGUUACUUCUCGAAGAAAUAAGUCGGCUCCAAAGAUACGACGCUUUAGAAAACUGGAGGUUCAUUCACAAUAUCUCAGUCUAGAUGAUGAAAGCGACUGGCUUUACUUGCUGGAGUCAAAGUCUGUGUCUACUCCGGGAGGACUGCUCGUGACGCUACUUAUUAGUAGACAUCUCGAGUCCGCUGCUAGCUCUAUCAACCACAAUAUCGAGUCAGAAAAACCGACUUCGAUUUUGUGGUCGAUCACUGGUGGGUAUCUCAUCUCAUGAUCACGGAACACAUUACAGUGGCUCAUUAGGCCAAGAAGGGGGUCGGAUUUCGUUAGUUCUCAUUAAGCGAAGGGGGUCGAAAGGUACUGUGUCUUUCAUGGUGGUGGAGGCCAACUACUUCGGUGGCAAUAUUACAUAGUCCUACAUGACGCUAGAUGUACCAAAAGUAGGAUUUCGGGAGAAGCAGGUGAUGAGAAGUAACAUGUUUUGGCAUGUUGUGGAAAUCUGAAAUCUGAAAUUGCAUGAUCAAUUGCGAUGAUAUACAAGAUGUUGUAAUGAAAGGGUGGCGUGAAC